ACAAAGAUGGCCACGGCAGUAUCACAGCGCGUGACGUCACGUCUGGCCGGAAGUAGAUGCGUGAAUCCUUGUCAGGAUCAGGAAGUGUCCUGUAAACAUGGAGGCCGGGUCCCUGCCAGCUGUCAUUUAACUCAGUUCUUCAUCCCUGCGGUCCGGCCAUGAUUCCCUUUACCGUCAAUAUUAAACUGUCCACCAGGACGCUGACCGGAGCUCUCACCCAGCACAACAAGGGGGCGCUAGACUGGGGCUGUCAAGGCCUAAUUGCUUAUGGCUGCCACUCACUGGUCCUUGUGGUGGACCCCAGCACCGCGCAGACACUUCAGGUCUUAGAAAAACACAAAUCUGAAGUGGUUAAGGUUAAAUGGGCCAGAGAAAACUAUCAUCAUAAUUUGGGCUCACCCUAUUCCCUACGUUUAGCAUCUGCUGAUGCCAGUGGAAAAAUUGUGGUGUGGGAUGUUACAACUGGUACAACUCGAUGUGAAAUACAAGAACACUCUAAACCCAUUCAUGACAUGCAGUGGCUGUGGAGUCAGGAUGCCUCUCGUGAUCUGCUGCUGGCGGUUCACCCUCCUAAUCUCAUUGUGCUGUGGAAUGCAGACACCGGAACCAAACUAUGGAAGAAAAGCUAUGCAGAGAACAUCCUGAGUUUUUCUUUCAAUCCUUUUCAGCCUUCACAACUUGCCUUACUUACAAGUGAGGGCAUUGUAUUUGUAUCCGACUUUUCACCAUCUAAACCUCCAGCAAGUAGUGGACGCAAAGUUUAUAUCUCAAGCCCUCAUUCCAGCCCUGCACAUGCAAAGCCGUUAUCUGCAACAGGUGCUAAGAAAGCGCUGAACAAGGUUAAGAUCCUCAUCACCAAUGAGAAGCCUAGUGCUGAGGCUGUAACCCUGAACGAGUGUUUGCAGUUAUCUUACAUGCCUUCGAAACGCAACCACAUGCUAUUGCUCUAUCCCAGGGAAAUCCUCAUCCUGGACCUGGAGGUCAACCAGACUGUGGGAGUUGUAGCGAUUGAGAGGACAGGAGUGCCGUUCUUGCAGGUGACCCCUUGCUUUCAGAGAGAUUUACUAUUCUGUCUGCAUGAAAAUGGGUGUAUCACAUUACGUGUGGGCAGGCAAGGCUGUGGAAAUUUGGGAGCCCCAAAUGAAGAGGGAGAGUCUGAUCCAGUGCCGGAGAUGACUUAUGAUUUGCGCUGUCAAUGUGAUGCUAUUCGGGUUACUAAGACAGUGCGCCCAUACAGCAUAACCUGCAACCCUAUUAAUGAGAAUGCUGUCGCCCUUAUUAUCAGCGAUGGAAGGGUCAUGAUUUGGGAGCUGAAAUCUAGUGUUCCUGGGAGAAAGAUGCGCAAUACCAGUGGCUCAAAUGCAUGCACAUUAUAUGCUCCACUGUCAUUCUGUGGGAAACCAGUGGAGCUUCUGCUGAAGAAACGUCCAGAUCUCUCACUCGACAGUAUGAUUGCAGGCCAGAGCCUUUCUGACUCUCAGCAGUCUGUGAGUCCUCAGGAAGUGCACCUCAAGUUUCUGCUCACUGGCCUCCUCUCUGGAUUGCCUCAGCCCCCGUUUGUGGUGAGAAUGUGCCCUCCCCUCACCACAAAAAAUAUCACACACUACAAACCCCUCCUUGCUGUCGGUACAAGCAAUGGUUCAGUCUUUGUGUAUAAUCUAACCAGUGGACUGCUUCACAAAGAGUUAAACAUACAUUCCUGUGAGGUCAGAGGCAUCGAAUGGACCAGUCUCACAAGCUUCCUGUCAUUUGCUACUUCAACCCCAAACAACGUGGGGCUGGUGAGAAAUGAGCUGCAGCUCGUUGAUCUUCUUACUGGUAGAAGUAUGGCUUUUAGAGGAGAGAGGGGCAAUGAUGAACAACCAAUGGAAAUGAUUAAAGUAUCUCAUCUGAAGCAAUAUCUGGUCGUGGUAUUUAAAGACAAGCCAAUGGAAUUGUGGGAUAUCAGAACGUGUACCCUGCUGCGGGAAAUGUCCAAGGUCUUCCCUACUGUAACAGCCUUGGAGUGGUCGCCUUCUCACAAUCUGAAGAGUCUUCGCAAGAAACAUAUGGCAGCUCGCGAGGCAAUGGCACGUCAGACAGUCUCUUCAGACAGCGAAGUGAGCGGCGUUGAGUCCUCAGUCAUCAGUCUGUUACAGGAGGCCGAGAGCAAGUCGGAGCUGAGCCAGAAUAUCUCUGCGCGGGAACACUUCGUGUUUGCAGACACAGAUGGGCAAGUUUAUCACCUUACUGUGGAAGGAAACAGUGUGAAAGACAGUGCCAGGAUCCCUCCGGAUGGCAGUAUGGGAAGCAUCUCCUGCAUAGCUUGGAAGGGGGACACAUUGGUCCUGGGAGACGUGGAUGGAAACUUAAACUUCUGGGACUUGAAAGCCCGCGUUUCAAGAGGAAUACCAACCCGCAGGAAUGGUGUAUGGAAAAUUCGCUUUGCUCCAGGCAAAGGCAACCAGAAGCUUAUUGUACUGUACAAUGAUGGGGCAGAAGUUUGGGAUACAAAGGAGCAGCUUCAGAUGGUGAGCUCCAUACGCACUGGAAGAAAUAUGAAUUAUCGUGUAAUGGAUGUGGACUGGUGCUCUUCGGACAAAGUCAUCUUAGCUGGCGAUGAUGGUUGUAUCAGAGUCCUGGAGAUGUCCAUGAAAUCUGCUUGCUUCAGAAUGGAUGAACAAGAGCUGCUGGAUCCCGUGUGGUGUCCUUACCUACUUCUUCCAAGAGCGUCCCUUGUCCUUAAAGCUUUCCUGCUGCACCAGCCCUGGGGGGAAAAGCACUCCUUAGAUAUUUCCAGCGUUGACUACCCAGAGCACGAUGACAUCAAGAACCUGAUCCAGCAACAGAUCAACGCCUUGACCAAUGAUAUCAAGGAUCUUAUUUUGGACACAGAUUUUACUCUUCUGCAGAGGUGCCUACUUGUUGCAAGGUUAUAUGGCGAUGAGUCAGAGCUGCACUUUUGGACUGUGGCAUCCCAUUACCUUCAGGUUUUCCAAAGUGACGCACCUCAUGUUAACAUUUCACCAAACCCCUUGGACAUCUGUUAUGACCUCCUGUGUGAAAAUUCCUACUUCCAGAAAUUCCAGUUGGAUAGAAUUUGUCUACAGGAGGUGAAGCGUUCAAGCUAUGACCAUACAAGAAAGUGUGCAGACCAACUUCUUCUCUUAGGACAGACAGACCGAGCUGUACAGCUACUUCUAGAAACCAGUGCUGACAAUCCACAGUAUUACUGCGAUUCCUUGAAGGCAUGCUUGGUUACUACAGUAACUUCCUCCGGACCCUCCCAGAGCACAAUUAAGUUGGUAGCAACCAACAUGAUCGCCAAUGGGAAACUGGCAGAGGGGGUGCAGCUGCUCUGCCUUAUAGACAAGGCUGCAGAUGCCUGCCGCUACCUCCAGACAUAUAAUGAAUGGAACCACGCUGCCUGGCUUGCAAAGGUGCGACUGAAUCCAGAGGAAUGUGCAGAGGUCAUGAAGCGAUGGGUUGACCAUCUCUGUUCACCGCACAUCAACCAGAAAUACAGAGCAAUCCUUGUUCUCCUUUCCCUUGGCUGCUUCAAAAAAGUUAUUGAGAUGCUACACAGCAUGAGGUGUUUUGACCGUGCUGCCUUGUUUUUGGAAGCCUGUCUGCAGAACUCCGCAAUUGAAAUCAGCGAUGAGACCAAUAAACUGAUCUCAGCAGUGUUUGCAGAUUAUGCACGCACCCUCCGCUCUAUAGGUUUCACCCAGGGAGCUCUGCGAUUUGCUCAAAAGUCAGGAGAUGCUACGGCCUAUUUAGUUUCUGAGCUUCAAAGCAACAAAUCUGAAGAUGAAAAAUGAUAUAAUAAUUGAUCUAUUGCACAUCUACUGAAAAUCAACAGAAUGAAGAAAACCUGGAAGAGUGUUCCUCACAAUUUCGACAGGUUGUUGCACUAAAUACUGUAUUUGUUCACACCAUGCUUGUUACUUUACGCCAACAUUGAAUAUGGAACUUCACCAUGCAGUCAAUUAUUUAUAAAUGACAGGACCAGACACCUAGACAUUCCAGUAUGACACAGUAUGCAGGAGAUUCAGGGCAAUUGCUAUAGUCUCCAAGCAGUAUAGUGCUGAGACAUGGGGCAACCCUGCUUAGUCCUGUGCAGGUGGGGUACCUGAUUUUCAGUAAAGGUUGGCUUAAAUAGUAACUAUAAUUUAAGGUUUAUAUGGAAAAACAGUGUUCUAAAAAAAGUUGCAGUUUCCCAUAGCAACACAUAGAUUCCAGCUUUAGUUUCUCAUAGGAAAUAUGAUUGGUUGCUAUGGGCAACUGAUUCACAGGUCCUCUGCACAAGGUUGUAUAAAGCUCCCCCCAAAAGUACUGUAUAUAGUGAUAAUAAAGGAAAUGCACCCGAUAUGUGAUUAUAAAAUGUAUCCACACAGGGUCUACACGAGGCACGUCACUGAGCAAGCCUCUCUUAAUCUUAUAUGCAGAUUGAGCAAAGUUCCAUUACUUAUACUGAAAUUGCCAGGGAAGGGAGUUACAAUUGUGCUAAAAUAUACUGUACAGCUGUUUUCCCCAUCUAGGACAAUGUGGCCUUCUCUACCUUCAGUUUCCUUAGCUCAAAUAAUACAUAAAACACUAUAAAAAUGCUAUGUACAUCUUUGCAAACCUUUUUAUUGUUCCAAAGCCUCUAAAAUAAAAAUAAAAAGAUAUUAACUUUGAGAUAAAUUACACUUCCCUUCAUCUGUCCUCUACAUAGAUCCAAUAACUUAUUAAAAAGCAGUGAAAAGAUGGAGUAUGACUGCACAAUCAGACUACACGUGGUGUUUGCAGUCUGUUACCAUGGAGACAGAUAGGUCUGCCUGGAAACCAAAUGAUAGUACAUUUUAAAUCAAGACUAUUUGCUUCAUGGAGGAUGCUUUGGAACAGCAUCAAAAAUUGUUGUAAAGGUGAUAUGGCAUUUAAAUAUAUGUUGCACUAGUAAUCGUAGCGCCCUGGUACCUGGAGGAAUUUGUAUAGCAAAGAAAGACCUUAUAUUAUUGUACAGCAGAGUCUAAUGUGCUAGCCAGUUAGAUAGCAGCCGUAUCAGAUGCCGCAAAACUAAAAUUGUGUAAUAUGUCUAGUGUACAUACAGUGGGGCAAAAAAGUAUUUAGUCAGCCACCAAUUGUGCAAGUUCUCCCAUUUAAAAAGAUGAGAGA